UGGGUAUUCUUUUUCCCUCACACGUCAUGUCCUCUAUUACUCUAAUCCUAAACAAUCAAAGAAAAGAAAGAGCGAGAAAGAGAGAGAAUAAAAAUUACCCAAAAAAGAAAAAAGAGAGAGGAGAGUAGUAGCAGCAGCAGCAGCCAUGUGCAAUUGUUGUGGUGAGGAGUGCGAGUGUCACCCUUUGGGCUUUCUUUUGGGCCUUCCCUUCGCCUUCCUUUCCCUCAUCCUCUCCGUCAUCGGAAUCAUCAUCUGGAUCGUCGGGUUGGCGUUGACUUGCAUAUGCCCGUGCUGCUUGUGCGUGACGGUGAUAGUAGAGAUGGCACUGUGUAUGAUCAAGGCUCCUAUUCAUGUCAUCAAGUGGUUCACUGAUCAGAUACCUUGUUAAAUUUCAUCCUUCUUUUUUCCUACUUUGUACUUUUGGAUUUACUUAAACUUCUGAGAGAGCUCACAUGAAUUAUUCAAUUAUUUUUGUUAUUCGUAUGUCUAUUUCUUUAACUAAUCAUAAUUGAUCUUUUUAUA